AUGGUAUCAACGAAGGAAGCACACCCGGCAGUGACGGUGGCGGUGAGAGGGAGCACGAGGCCGAUCGUCGGGAGGACCCAAGCCGCGAGCGCGGGCUACCCGAAGUCCCUGGAUCUGUUCCACGGGAUCCGAUAUGCUCGGGCCCCGCUGUGGGAGAAGAGCCAGCCCGUUCGGCUGGGGGAGCCGGUGUCUCCCACGGCCCGGGGGGGUGACGGUAACGGUGCCGGGGAGUAUGAUGACUUGUGUGUCUACAUCACCAGGCCUAGUAGGAAUGCCGAGUCAGAAGAGGAGAGGAGGGGAGGAGGAGGGAAGAUGCCUGUCGUCGUCUUCUUUCACGGCGGGGCGUUCAACUUUGGACAUGCUCUCGAUUCAGACCUGAAGUCCUUUGUGGCCAGGAGUCGGAGGGAUAUCAUCAGUGUCAGCGUCGGGUAUAGGCUUGGUCCGGUCGGGUUCGGGCCUGGGAGGGAUGAGAGACGUGAGGGGUCAGAGAGCGAGGAGUCAAUAUCCGAGGGUGGUGGCGAGCGAAACGAGGAGACAGGAUUAGGAAAGCUGAAUCUCGGACUUGAUGAUCAGAUGGUUGGACUAGAGUGGGUGAGGCAGUGGAUUGGAGCUUUCGGCGGUGAUGGAGAGGAUAUCACGGUCAUGGGAAUCGGCCACCACAUGCUCCGACAGCCGUCGCAGCGCAUCUUCCGCCGCGUGAUCCUGGAAUCGGGCUCGCCAACGGCCCGGUCCGUGCUGUCGGCGCGGCACCCGCGGACGGCACGGCAGUACCAGGAAUUCCGCGAACGCGUGCGUGCCCUGGGCGGCGUGAACCGCAGCAACAUCACCCGCGCUGGAGACGCCGUCUGGGCUCAAGGGGAGAGGUCUCUCCAAUGGCCGUUCCAACCCGUCGUCGACGACGACCACCAUGACAGCUCCGACUCCGACGCCGACGCCGACUCCAUGAUCCCCGACACCCCGCUCCACCUGUGGGAUCGUCCGGGAUUCGUACCGCCCCCGAUACUGACGGGAUUCUGCUCGCACGAGGGCAUAACCUUCAUCCCGCCUGACGUGACGGCGACGCUGAGAGAGUUCUUCGGCGCGCUCAUCCCGGGACUGGACCUCGACGCCCUGGACGGUCUGUACCCGCCCGGCAUGUAUCCCAGCGAGAGGCUGCGCAUCGUCGACGCCUACUCCCACCACGCGUACAUCUGCCCGGCGUUCCACACGGCGCACAAGGCGUCCCUGCUGGGCCGUCGUCGCCCCCACCCGGUGUACCUGUACGAGUUCGCCGCGCCCAACACGCCAAACGGGUUCGUGUCCCACUGCGCCCACGGUCCGGUCCUGCGUCCGCCCGGCGGCGUGCCCCUCGGUCCGGGCCUGGCCGACGUGGGGCGCGAGAUGAUGGCGCGGUGGGAGCGGUUCAUACUCUCCGGUGACGGGGACGGGGACGGGGACGGCACCGUGGGCCGCGACGACGUGUGGCCGACGUUCAAGACGCCGUUCGCAGAGGACGGCCGCGACGGCGGUGACGAGACCGCCGGCCUGCUGCUGGUGUUUGGUCAGGGGAACGAUGAGGCUAGAGGCGGUACGAGUCCCGGCGUGCCUGUGCGGACCAGACGGAUGACGGGUCGGGAGAUGGACGUCUGCCGAUUCUGGUGGGACAAUAUGCCUCUCAGCCAGGGCAUGGGACGUUGA